AUGCUUUUCUUGGCUCCAAUUCAUGUCAUAAUUUACGGAUUUGACUUGGGAUCUUCAUCUUUUCACAGUUUUGUUGCUUCAAUAGCUGCUCUUAAAACAUUGAAGAGAAGAGACUUUGGCAACUUCCAACACAAAGUCUUCCCAUACCAAUUUCUCACGCAGACAAUUGCACCAGGCCUUCUUGCACUUACAGCUCCAUACACCUUAACACCUGUUGGUGUUUCACUAUUGGCCACAUCCUCUAUUGGAGGGUUGUUGAACUUGCUAUGGGCCAGACCGAAGUGUGAUGAGAUCAAGAGGAAAAGAAACUUCAUCAUUGAUAAUGUGUAUGGUGGCGAUGAUGACAAAGGUAUGGAAAGUGAUGACUGCAAGCCCUUGAAUAAGGAAUUCAUGAAGUAUCACAGAUGGAGUUUGUUCUUCAACAUGGCAUCUAUAGUCUCGAUCACGGCAUACUCCUGGGUUUUAAGUAACGGCUUUUUGUCGCUUCGAAAGUGA